GAGGGGGGCGGGCGGCUGGAGGAGGGGGUGACGGGGCCCCGGCUCAGCACCUCGGAGAGCUCCCUCCCCGGCCUUGUUUUGCUCUGGCAUCGCCGCCGCCGGGGGAGGGAGCGAGGGGGCCGGGCACCGGGCGCAAAGGCAGGGGGAUGGCCAUGAAAGGGUUGAGGGGCCCUGGCGGACAGAGGGCCCAGCCGUGAUUCAGCGACGGGUUUGGGGCUCCGGGAGGGGUGGGGGGCAGCGGGCGGCGGCAGCAGUGGCCGCACAUCUGGAUGGAAACGAGCUUUGUCCAGACCACCAUGGCUCUGGGGCUGUCCUCCAAGAAAGCGUCCUCUCGCAAUGUGGCUGUGGAGCGUAAGAACCUGAUCACCGUGUGCAGGUUCUCUGUGAAAACGCUGCUGGAGAAGUACACAGCGGAGCCCAUCGAUGACUCAUCAGAGGAGUUUGUCAAUUUUGCAGCCAUUUUAGAGCAGAUCCUCAGCCACCGCUUCAAAGCCUGUGCCCCAGCAGGUCCAGUGAGCUGGUUCAGCUCAGAUGGGCAGCGGGGCUUCUGGGACUAUAUCCGGCUGGCCUGCAGCAAAGUGCCCAACAACUGUGUGAGCAGCAUCGAGAACAUGGAGAACAUCAGCACAGCCCGGGCCAAGGGCCGGGCAUGGAUCCGGGUGGCACUGAUGGAGAAGCGCAUGUCAGAAUACAUCACCACGGCUCUGCGUGACACCCGGACUACCAGACGGUUCUAUGACUCUGGAGCCAUCAUGCUGCGGGACGAAGCCACCAUCCUCACGGGAAUGCUGAUCGGACUGAGCGCCAUCGACUUCAGCUUCUGUCUAAAGGGGGAAGUCCUGGAUGGGAAGACCCCCGUGGUCAUCGAUUACACGCCCUACCUAAAGUUCACGCAGAGCUACGACUACCUGACGGACGAGGAGGAGCGGCACAGCGCCGAGAGCAGCACGAGCGAGGACAACUCGCCCGAGCACCCGUACCUGCCGCUCGUCACCGACGAGGACAGCUGGUAUAGCAAGUGGCACAAGAUGGAGCAGAAGUUCCGCAUCGUCUACGCGCAGAAGGGCUACCUGGAGGAGCUGGUGCGUCUGCGCGAGUCGCAGCUGAAGGACCUGGAGGCGGAGAACCGGCGGCUGCAGCUGCAGCUGGAGGAGGCGGCGGCGCAGAACCAGCGCGAGAAACGGGAGCUGGAAGGCGUGAUCCUGGAGCUGCAGGAGCAGCUGACAGGUCUGAUCCCCAGUGACCACGCCCCUCUGGCCCAGGGUUCCAAGGAGCUCACUACACCGCUGGUCAACCAAUGGCCCUCACUGGGAACGCUUAAUGGGGCCGAGGGCGCCAGCAACUCCAAGCUCUACCGGAGACACAGCUUCAUGAGCACGGAGCCGCUGUCAGCUGAAGCCAGUCUGAGCUCGGACUCCCAGCGCCUGGGAGAGGGCACGCGGGACGAGGAGCCCUGGGGUCCCAUCGGGAAGGACCCCACGCCCUCCAUGCUGGGCCUCUGCGGCUCCCUGGCCUCCAUUCCCAGCUGCAAGUCCCUGGCGAGCUUCAAAUCCAACGAGUGCCUGGUGAGCGACAGUCCCGAGGGCAGCCCAGCACUGAGCCCCAGCUGAGGAACAGCAUAGGCAGUGCCAGCCCCACCUGCCAGGGGCCAUGGACACCUGCCACCUUUCUUCAACAAGAGUCCCCCAAUCCAGGCUACCCUUCCAGAGAACGCCACCCAUCGAGCCAGGGUUCUCUCGGGGAAGAUCUCCUCUGCUCACCUUAGCUUUCUGCCUUGGCAACAUGGGAUGUGGAGGAAAGCAGGCUGGGCCAGGAGGCAAGGGUGCCCAAGCCACAGGGAGCCCCUGGGGAAGCCUGCUCCAUUCUUCUGGUGACCUUGGCGCUCCUUCACUCAUCUCCCCUGCCCCCUCAGGAGCUGGUAGCCCAGCUUCCACACCCCCAUCUCCCAGUCUCUAGCCUCUCCAUCUGUCCAUGUAUGCCCUGGAAUCCCUCCUUCCUCAGCCCCCAGGGCAAGAGAGCUCUGUGGGGGAUCCAGCAAAUAAAAACCAGAGGACUGA